AUGGGCGACUUCGAUCCCUACACUCAGAACGUCUCCUUUGUCGCCGGCGAUGGCAAGACGCCCCUCUCGGUCCCAAUGAGUAUGAUUGACGCCUUUCAUACUGAGUCCGUCAGCGUUUGUAUCAACUAUGGCGCCCAGUUGGGUGCCUGCGUUAUCAUGCUGGCUGUCAUUCUCGUCAUGACGCCUUCGUCCAAAUUUCGGAGGCCUUCGAGCAUUCUGCACAUCACUGGUCUUACACUCUGCAUCAUCCGCAUGGCUCUUCUGAGUGCCUACUUUCCAUCCCCGUUCAACGACUUCUACGCUUACUGGGCGGGUGAUUACUCCCAUGUGCCCGUGCAGGAUUUCGUCAUCAGCAUCGUGGCCAACACCUUCUCCCUCCUCCUCGUCAUUGCCAUUGAGGCUGCUCUCAUGCACCAAGCGUGGACAAUGGUGAAGCUCUGGCCAAACUUCUGGAAAUACUCCCUGUCAGCUCUCUCCGCCUUCAUCACUCUGUUCACCAUCGGGUGGCGCCUCGCCUUCACCGUCAUCCAGAACAAGGCCGUUCUGAGCUUGAUUCCACCGGAAAACAUGAGAUGGUUGAUCCACUUGAUGGUUAUCACAAACGCCGCUUCCAUCUGCUGGUUUUGUGCCAUUUUCAACAUCAAGCUCAUCAUCCACUUAAUAUCCAACCGUGGUGUUUUACCAUCCUACAAGACUAUGACUCCGAUGGAGGUCCUCAUCACUACGAAUGGAAUGUUGAUGAUUGUUCCUGUUAUCUUUGCUGGUCUUGAAUGGGGCCAUUUCACCAACUUCGAGUCGGCCUCCCUGACCUUGACGUCGGUCGCCAUCAUCCUACCAUUGGGAACGCUAGCUGCGCAGCGCAUGGCGUCAACGAAUCACUCCGCCUACGCCUCUGCCGACUCAAGCGGCCGUUACCCUCCUACCCCUGGAACCGGGAGCUCCACGCACCCCAUCAAGAGAGCCAGCUUCUCCACCAACCACACAGGUACCACCGCGCAAGUUUCAAUCCUCUCGCGGUGCGAAUCGGGCAUGAUGUCCCACGCUCGGUCCAACUCGGGGGGCGUGGAACUCGCCAAACUCUCAGAGGAAGCUGAGUUCGGUGGCAGCAAGGUUCGGGUUCACCGAAACUUGGUGCAACUUGAAGAGAGAGUCUAG